AUGAAACGUGGUGCCAAGUGGUUCGUCAAACACCGCAUCCGUGAAGGCACAAAAGAAGUCCACUCUCAGUCACACUCAGCCACUCUCAGUCACACUCAGCCACUCUCAGUCACACUUAGCCACUCUCAGUCACACUCAGCCACUCUUAGUCACACUCAGCCACUCUUAGUCACACUCAGCCACUCUUAUCACACUCAGCCACUCUCAGUCACACUCAGCCACUCUCAGUCACACUCAGCCACUCUCAGUCACACUCAUCCACUCUCAGUCACACUCAGCCACUCUCAGUCACACUUAGCCACUCUCACCACUCUUAGUCACACUCAGCCACUCUCAGUCACACUCAGCCACUCUCAGUCACACUCAGUCACUCUCAGUCACACUCAGCCACUCUUAGUCACACUCAUCCACUCUCAGUCACACUCAGCCACUCUCAGUCACACUCAGCCACUCUCAGUCACACUCAGCCACUCUCAGUCACACUCAGCCACUCUUAGUCACACUCAUCCACUCUCCGUCACACUCAGCCACUCUCAGUCACACUCAGCCACUCUCAGUCACACUCAUCCACUCUUAGUCACACUCAUCCACUCUCAGUCACACUCAGCCACUCUCAGUCACGCUCAGCCACUCUUAGUCACACUCAGCCACUCUCAGUCACACUCAGCCACUCUCAGUCACACUCAGCCACUCUCAGUCACACUCAUCCACUCUCAGUCACACUCAGCCACUCUCAGUCACACUCGCUCACUGAGUCUCAGUCACACUCGCUCACUGAGUCUCAGUCACUCGCUCCCUCUCAGUCACUCUCAAUCACUCUCAGUCACCCACGCAGACGGCACACGCGAGCCCAAAGAUGACUUGCACUUUCCUGCACAAGAAACAUCACCGGAAGGAGACAAGACCCCGAUCCCAAGGCCUGAGGGAACCUUGUGCACGUUAGGGAAUCAAGAGCCGAUUCGUGGGAGUGGAAUUCUAGAGAAGGACGUUCCGAAUUCCACAUUCCAGCAGCUUCUUCGUCGAGGUUUUUAG